AUGGAGGAGAGACGAGAGGAUGAAGGGGACAAGCCUGCUCUCACCACACUCAGUUCGGGAGCUGCUGCAGGAGCAGCAGACCCGGUGCACGGCCCGCAGAAUGUGGAGAUCGUGGACAUCCGAGCCCGGCAGCUGACCCUGCAGUGGGAACCCUUCGGCUACGCGGUGACCCGCUGCCACAGGUACAACCUCACGGUACAGUACCAGUACGUGUUCAACCAGCAGCAGUACGAGGCCGAGGAGGUCAUCCAGACCUCCUCCCACUACACCCUGCGUGGCCUGCGCCCCUUCAUGACCAUCCGGCUGAGGCUCCUGCUGUCCAACCCCGAGGGCCGGAUGGAGAGCGAGGAGCUGGUGGUGCAGACGGAGGAGGAUGUUCCAGGAGCUGUUCCUCUAGAAUCCAUCCAAGGGGGGCCCUUUGAGGAGAAGAUCUACAUCCAGUGGAAACCUCCCAAUGAGACCAAUGGGGUCAUCACACUCUAUGAGAUCAACUACAAGGCUGUUGGCUCACUGGACCCGAGUGCCGACCUCUCCAGCCAGAGGGGGAAGGUGUUCAAACUCCGGAAUGAAACACACCACCUCUUUGUGGGUCUGUACCCAGGGACCACCUACUCCUUCACCAUCAAGGCCAGCACAGCAAAGGGCUUUGGACCCCCCGUCACCACGAGGAUCGCCACCAAAAUUUCAGCUCCAUCGAUGCCUGAAUACGACACUGACACCCCGCUGAAUGAAACAGACACGACCAUCACAGUGAUGCUGAAGCCUGCUCAGUCACGGGGAGCGCCUGUCAGGUGA